GAAACGGAGACGACCCAGGGGGCAUAUGAAUUUUUUUGGAAGAUCGAGCAGAUCAAAGCCGCGACAACACUAUAGACCAACACACUCCUCCUGCUGCUGUACUUCUAUUUUCGACGUAACGAGUUGUUAGUGAGGAGAGACCAUGUCCGACACCAAGGAAAGCAAGGAGGAAGGAGGAGAGCCCCCAUCCAAGAGGGCCAAAUCAGAAGAAGACGAGGAAGAGGCAGCAGAUGAGUGGACUGUGUUAGCGGACUCUUAUGUCAAAGUGCUGGUGCCCAGCUUUGACCCCAUUUACAAGGCGGUCGCCGAGGUACUGGACGGCGCCACUGAUCCUCCUCGGUGUCUGAUGGAUUAUGGAUGCGGACCAGGAGAACCAGCCUUGACACUAUUGAAGGGAAUCUCUGGCAUGAAAAAGGUUCUGGGUGUCGACUCUACCAAGCCGAUGCUGGAGAUUGCCAAAAAGCGGGCCGAAGAAGCAUCUGCACAAGAUCGCAUUGUGUUUCACCAUGUUCGUCGCGAUAUUUCCAUGGUGGACUUCAAGGCUCAAAUCGCAGGCCUUACAACUACCACUAGUUUGGAUUUGGUGGUAUCCGCCUUUGUUAUGCAUUAUGUGGAUUUUCCACGUCGUGUGGAAUUGGUAACUGCUUUCUUGGAAAUGGCUCCUCAUUUGCUGUUGGUGACUUGGGGGCAGCAAUCCAAAGUGGGAUUUCUGAGAGCCAUCAAGACGUUUGGGAAAUGGAAGGGAUCGGCAGACUCGACCAAAGAUAUCUGCGAGUUGGGGAUUAUAGACGAAGAUGAUGGCAACCCACAAUCUCCCAGAGGUUCCUUCACAAUGUCUCGCAAGGAGAACUUUCAGUGCAUUGUGGAUAAAGUCGAGAAUGUGGCUGUGCAGUUGUCAUCUUUUGAAACUCGCACCAUUCCAAUCCGAUUUCCCAGUGUGGCGACCUUGUUGAAUUUCUUGCCCAUGGCCACUGACAAGAGUGACUGUCAGGCGGUUUGGAAACUCCUUCAAUCGUGGGGCAAAGAGCACGUGGAGGUUGGAGACGGACCAGAUGACGAGUUGGUGUUCCCUUCGGAAGUGGUCUUUUGUCGCAUCUCUCGUAAAGCAGAACCAUAAGGACACGAACAGAAGAGGAACUAGUGCAAGGGUUUUGGCCAUCC